UAAACCAUCUAUUGAUUGUUUGCGUAUGAUCUUGUGUGGGUGCAGGAAUUCAACGCAAAAUUGUGUAAUUUCGGUUUAGCUAUGAAGGGUCCGAUGGGUAAUAGGACAGAAGUUAUGGGUACAUGUGGUUAUGCUGCACCCGAAUAUUUUGCAACAGGUCGUCGAUUAACAACAAAAUACGACGUGUAUAGCUUUGGGGUCGUUUUAGUUGACUUACUAACCGGACGGAAAAGUGUUGACGGAAACAGCUGGCCUAUUAAUGAGUGCAAUCUAGUACACUGGGCAACACCAUAUUUGCGUCGCAAGAAAACUCUGUCUCGAAUAAUGGACCCCAAAUUAGAGGGUCAAUUCCCUCAUAAGGCAGCAUUUGCUGUUGCAACAAUUGCUCUGCAGUGCCUAAGACAAAUCCCAGAACAGAGACCAAGUAUGGCUAAGGUUUUAGUUUCUUUGGAACAACUAUGAGGUUCCAAAACUGUUUAGCUAUUUAUUAUUUAUUAUUUUAUGACUGUAAUUGCAAAGCACGAUGUCACGGCCCGCUAGUUUUGACCCAAUCCCUUGCCGAUUUCCCUUGGGUUGGGGAGGUUAGAGAGAGUCCAAGAUAUAACCCAAAUAGGGUUAGGCCCAAGUUGGCCCAACUGUAUAGUGGUAGGUAGGGAUUCUUUGGUAGGUAGAGGUAUGUGGUGGUAGGUAGAGACAUUUAGGGGAUUCUUUGGAGUGUCCCACUCCCAACCGUUAGAUCAUAUCGAUCUCCACCGUCCAUUGAGGAGGUGGUCUUGUAUAAAUAGAGGUAGGGUCCUCAUUUGUAAUCAUUCAAGAAAUCCAACAAAAUCCAAAGCACUCAAGCA